GGCCAAGUUCCGGCUGCGAGGCCUAGUCGGCAGGAGGUGAGCCGGGACAGCGGGUGGCUGGCUUCCUCCAGCUCGGUGGCCCGGGAGCUCGGCCACCCUCUGCUGGAGCAGAUGGCCAACAUCGAGUGCUUCCUGGCUCAGGCCCGGUCCGCGGGGCGCCUGAGCGAGGCCCGCACCCUGGAGGAGAACCUGCAGCAGCUGCAGGACGAGUGGGAUCGGAUGCAGAAGGAGGAGGCACAGGAGAGCGAGAGGAGCAGGAGGAAGCCUGAGGCCUACUCCUUCGAGGCCGGGACCCGGAAGCCUGAGGCCUACACCUUCGAGGAGGGGAGCAUGGAGGAGGAGAGGAGCAGGAGGAAGCCUGAGGCCUACCAGGCCUCUCCCUUCAAUGACGCCUCCCAAGCCGGGGGGGGCCUCAACCCCUUCGAGGAGGACACCGAAGGCCCCAACCCUUUUGAGGAAGAGGAGAGGAAUUGGAGGAGUCCCAGCACCUGCCCCUUUGAGGGAAAGAGCGAGGUCUGCAACCCUUUUGAGGAGGUGGAGGCCUCAGGGAACCCCUUUGAGGAGCAGAAGAGGAGCUGGGGUUUCGGGGGCAACCCCUUUGAGAUGGAGGAGGAGGAGGAGGAGAUUGAGGAGGAGUUGCUGAGGCAGCAGAUCGAUAACAUCAAGGCCUACGUGUUUGAUGCCAAGCAGGCCGGGCGCCUGGACGAAAUGGCCAGCCUCCUGGACAAUCUGGCUGAGCUCAAGCAGGCCCUGGAGGGUGCCCGAAGCAGACACCAAGCCCACUGACCCCUUCCCCCCUCAACCACCCAACCCCCCCCCCCCACCCCCCCCGCCCCAGGCCCACCCCAAGAAACUCAGAACCCCACCACAACCAGGGCCCACCCUGUCUGGUCGGCCGUGGGGUGGGGAGGGGGUGCACCGCAAUGAAGGGUAUUUGGCAGGGUGUGUGGCACUGCCCUUUGGACCCAAUGGGGAGAGGGUUGCUGCCCCACUAUCCCCUGUGAUUUGAGGAGGGGUGCGUGCUGGGGAUGAGCUCACUCAGCACCACCUCCCUCCCCCCCCCCUUCACCUCUCCUCCCCCCACAGCCCCCCCUAGGUCAUGGCAAGGAGUGAGGGUUUGAGAGGGUGCAGUAGGGGAGCUGUGAAGGAGUUGGGAAUUUGUGGGGGUGUGGGCAUACAUCUCUGUUUCUGGGACAAUAAACCUCCGCGGUCUGAUUUUGCAGCAUUCUGUUCUCAAACACUAACAUAACCCCACCUCGCCCGCU